GAUUAUUCCUAAUGUGGGUAGUAAACAUGGCCUUGGGGAAAAACGAGUGCGCCAUUUUGUUCCCAGUUGUAAGACUCGUGCUUUCACUUAUACACUCCCAAUUGUAUAAUGAACCAUUCCACUCCCACUUUCCUCUUCUCCUUACUGUUCAAAGAAGCAUUCCACCACCGCCGUCACCUGCCACUCAAAACCACUCACACACCACCUUCUGCCUCUCGUACGCGCAGACAAAGCUCUCAACCCGCCAUCAUUCGGAGGUAUAGUAGCAGUGAGAAACCGUUAUAGCGGCCGACAUCUCGUUCGCUCCACUGCAUCUAUAUGAUAUUGCGGCUCAACCCCAAAUCCCCAACCUUCCGCCGAUUUUUUAAGUGCAUAAGCUUCACUUGCUAUUGAGCACCGAAAGUCCAUCUGUUCGCGUCUCGCCGAUGGAGGAAACUACGUCUUACCCAUCCAUCGAGCCCUCUAAUUUCGACCUAAUCGUCGUCGGCACCGGCCUCCCGGAAUCCAUCAUUGCCUCAGCUGCGUCUGCGGCGGGAAAAACCGUCCUACACCUCGAUCCUAACCCAUUUUAUGGUACCCACUAUGCAUCCCUCCCCCUCAACGACCUAGUGUCUUUCCUUGAAUCCCAAUCCGGACCCCAAUCUCAACCACCCGAAACCUCCAGUGAUCAUGCUUCUAUCUCUCUCGUGACUCGCCCUCUCUACUCCGCGCUGGAAAUCAACACAUACUCAUCUGAACCCAUCGACAACUCCAGAAAAUUCAACCUUGACUUGGCAGGUCCUCGCUUCUUCUUCUGCUCGGAUUCAAUCAUUGAUUUGAUUCUCAAGACGGGAAUUAAUCAGUACAUGGAGUUCAAGAGUGUGGAUGCCAGCUAUGUGAGCGACGCGGAGGGCAAAUUGGAGAAUGUGCCUGACAGCCGGAGUGCUAUCUUUAAGCAUCGGAGUCUGUCCUUAUCUGAGAAAAAUCAAUUAAUGAAGUUCUUCAAGCUCGUACAGGGGCAUUUUGGGAACGAAAGUGAGGAGGAUAAGAUACCUGAACAGGAUUUGGAGAGUCCAUUUGUGGAGUUUUUGACCAAAAUGGGGUUGUCGCAGAAGCUAAAAUCGAUUAUUUUGUAUGCGAUAGCACUGGCUAAUUAUGAUCAGGACAACUUGGAGGUUUGCAAAGAUAUUAUCAAUACUAAAAGUGGGAUAAAUCAUUUGGCACUAUAUCACUCGUCCAUUGGCAGGUUUCCUAAUGCAAAUGGUGCUAUGAUAUACCCGAUUUAUGGUCAAGGGGAACUUCCUCAAGCUUUUUGUCGUCGUGCUGCCGUCAAGGGGUGCAUUUAUGUCUUGCGGAUGCCCGUAGUUGCUGUGCUCAUGGAUAAGGAUGAUGGUACGUAUAAGGGUGUCAAGCUAGUCUCGGGUCAGGAGUUAUUCAGCCCUCAGCUCAUUGUUGCUCCGUCUUUCACGUUUCCAUCAACUCUGGGUCCUUCUCCUGCACAGGUGGCAAAUUCUUGUGAUGCCAAAGAGAAGGUUGCUCGGGCAAUAUGCAUUGCAAAGAAGUCUCUAAAACCAGAAGUCGCUAAUUGUUUGGUUUUCAUCCCUCCAAGAUCUUUGUACCCAGAACAAAUUACGUCCAUCCGUGUACUCCAGUUAAGUGGAAAUGUUGCAGUUUGCCCUUCUGGGAUGUUUGUGACUUAUCUGUCGGCGAUGUGUGGUAAUGUUGAAGAGGGGAAAAAAUUAAUAAAUGCAGCCAUAAAUGCACUAUUCUCUCUGCCUACCCCUGGAAACUCUGAAAAGAGUGCCGCUGAUAGUUUAAGUGAGCAUAUUGAAGAAAAACCCAGAUUGCUUUGGAAUGCUUUGUAUAUUCAAGAGCUGACUACGGGUUCUUUUGACUCCAUCAGCCGCACAAUGAUGCCAGAUGAGCAUCUAGACUAUAAUAAUCUUCUGGAUGCAACGGAAAAGCUAUUUCGGGAAAUAUAUCCUAAUGCAGAAUUCUUCUCUGUAACAACCUUAUCUGAUGAGAAUCUGGAUGAUGGUGGUUCUGAGCUAGAUCCAUAGAGGAAAACUCUUGUUAUUGUUUGGAUAUUUUAAAGCCUGUCUCCUGCUGGAGCUCUGGUACAUGCUUCUGUUUCUCAGCACAGUGGAGUUUGUGAAUUGCAUAUUUUGUCACCUCUAGUAUUAAUCAUGGAAAUGAAAGAUGUGAAAGGUGUAAGUUAUAUUUCGGUGCAAAAGGUAUAAGUUAAAUUUGCCUCCAUGCUUUCUCACUCAUGCUUGACUGUGCACAUAGUCAUGGUGGAAGAUGUUUUUGGCGGUUACACUGCCUUAUUCAAUUAGCACAGUUGUCAAAUUCCAUGGAUUCUCUUUCCUCCAAUACGAGCUUCCAGGAACUAUCCUGCUAUUUUCAGUUGUUUAGGCAUGCGGUCUUGGAUCAUUGGUCUUCAGAAAGAUUUCAAUCCCUAGGUAUAUUAAUUUCUUACCUUCGAUGAGGCCACUUCAAGAAUUUGCACUUUUUGUAUUGCUGAAGCCAAUGUGCAGCUGAUGUUUGGUCAAGAAAACGGGCUUUAAUACCAGUGUCUUUUAUGACAGUAGUCUCCAAUCUACUGUGAAGAUCAUCUUGUGUGUCAGUGGUAGUAUAUUGGUACUUCCUCAUUUGAGCUGAUCUUGUGUAAGGUUGGCUACUUGUAAUGUAAUUACUGUACAUGUAUUAUCCUCGUCGAAACGUUCAUGAAUUUGUGAAUCGAAGCAAAUUUGUGUAGUUUCAAA